AUGGAGCAUCAGUUCUUCCUAAAAUUAUCCCAGUUCCCAGUUAUUAUAUGCCGGAUAUGCCGCCAUGGUGUCUGGCCUAGUGAGGUUAGUAGCCAUCUACAGGGGAAGAAUCAUCAUCUCCCACAGGCAACCGCGAAGCAGGUUCACAAGGCCAUUCAGGGGUGGGAUGGCAUUGAGCAUGAUCCCCUAGCUAUUCAAUGGCCAGCUAGUCUAGCUCAAUCAAUCCCUGAGCUGGAUGAGUACCCAGAUGGGUUACUAUGCCAGCAUGCACCUAUGCAAUGCCACUAUAUCACAAGAUCAAUCAAAACCAUUAAGCGACAUUGGCGUGAGCAUCAUGGGUGGAAGGUCCUAUAUAAAGGGGGCCGACCUAAUCACCAUGAGCAGGAACAGGCCCAAACUAUGGUCCAACAGGGGUUCAAGGUAGUGACCUGCCAGCAGUUUUUCCCUUCGCGAAAGGGGUCCCACUAUAUCUGGGUUCGAAGCCCUGAGCCCCUGGCUAGGCCAGCAGGCCCUGCGCCUAGCCUGGGUGUCCAGGCUGCGGUAGAUGAGGUGGUGCAGGCCUGGGAGCAGGCCCAGGCCCGGGCUAAGGCAGACCAGGCCAUCCAGGCCAGCCAGUUAACUGACGCAAACCCCUGGCUGCGGAUGACUCGGUGGGCCGACUAUCUGCAGGGCAUCCAGGCCCAUGACCUGCUAGCCUGCGUGGCAGCCCCGGAGGAAGAUCCCCAGGAUGCCACUGAGCAGUGUGUGCAGGUCGUCUGGGCCACCAUGGAGCAGGUCGCCCGCAAGAGCCAGCAGACAGUCCAGCAUUGCAGCCAGGCCAUCCGGGUGGAAGCCGUCCGGUCUGAAAAGGGGCAGACCCCGCACCGGCCAUUAUUAGCAUACAUGGACGAGGCCGCAAUCCAGAAGCAUGUCCGUCCAUGGCAGCAGAUAUUAGCAUUCAUCACCCGCACGCAGGCCCCACACAACUGGACCAGCCCGAAAUACGGGAUGACCACCCGGCAGCGCCAGAAAUGGCGGCAGCUGUGGCAGCUAGCUAGCCAGGCUGUAGUUCCAGAGGAACUAGAGGGCCUAGAGGCAUGGUCCAUGACUACUAUAGAAAAAGCAUGCUUAGAAUUUUGCAUUGAGCUGCUAAACCAGCGCCAUCGCAGCCAUGAAUAUGAGAGUGUAUUAGUAUGCGCCAUGGCUGUGCUGGGCCAGGGUGAGGCAGGCUGGCGCGACCCUGAGAGCUACCCCCCAAUAUUAUCCCGCGUGAUCAAGGUGGCCCGAUUCAUGGUGGUCCAGAAAGCAUUAUGGAUGGACCCUAAUCCAUGGCAGAUCAUUCAGACCUGGGUGCAGAAGGACCAGAGCGCUGAAUGGGUGCUAGCUAGCGCAGAUGAUCAACUCGGGGAGAUUGAUGAGGGAUAUGGCAGUGAUGACCCCCUAUCAUCACCACCAUCAUCGCCCCCAUCAGCCAUCCAUAGUGAUGACCCAUUGCCCGCGGUCAACAUUCACCCAAGCCGCCGACCAUUCCAGGAGCAGGUGACAUGGAUGAUGCACCAGUUUAUGAUCCGUGGGACGCACGGCCCUAUGGAAACAUUAUUAGACUGGCGCACAUAUGGGUUAAAGGUCCAUUAUAAUCAUACUGUGCCCGGGCAUGUGACGUGGAUGGGGGAGGACCAGUUAUUAUACCAGCAGAUAGCAUUCAGCAUGGGGGAUUUUUGGGGGUUUGUCCAUGGACUGGUGACCGUGGCUAGGGAGAUACUGGGCCAUUUAUGCAUGCAGGACCAUGCGCAGAUGCCCCCCAUUCCAUGGACAGCAUUAUAUGACGAUCCCAGCCAGAGCCAGGCCGGGUGGAACUUUGUGCAUGACGCACGGACCCAGUGGCCGGUGGAUGGGACCCACUGGAUGAUUGACCGGCUGCGGGCCGAGCCGACCAUGCAGCGGCAUUUCCUGUGGGGGGGCCGAUUCCACCCCACCGCCAUCCAGCAGUAUUAG